CUCUGUGCAAUGCUCUUUUACCCUAGAAACAGUUUCAUUUGAUUUUUUGUUCUUCUUGUACAUUUUAGAGAUAUACCGGUAAAUAUGAUUUAGAGAUAUAUUUGGAAAAAUAUGUUAUAAUACAUUUGAUAAAUUGAUAUGGAAGUCCCUGACUGCAGGAGUGGUCAUGUCGCUGUGGCAUACAAAGGUCAUGUGAUAGUAUGGGGAGGAUACAAUGAAGAACGUUUCAUGGAUUCAGAAGAUGUUUGGUUGUACAAUAUCAACAAACGUGUUUGGAAAAAGAAAUUUACACAAGGAGAUAAACCUCCCACUGCUUCUGGAAGCUGUGCCGCUAUAAUAGAAUCGUCUCUCUACAUCUUUGCUGGAUUUUCAAUGUUGGGCAACAGCAAUUCUAUGCACAUACUUGACUUAAAAAAAUUCAACUGGAUCAAACCAAAUAUUCACUCCAAGAAGCCAUCUCGAAGAAACAAAUUGGGAUGUUGGGUGACUGGAGACAAGAUUAUAUUUUUUGGUGGAUAUGGAGAAUGGUCAUGUGAUUCAGGGGAUUUUAUAGGACAAGGGAAAUUCAUUGCAGAUCAAUCGCAGUGGCUCCUCCAUUUGAUGGGAUGGAAUAAUGACCUUCUAUCAUAUGACACUGUGAGAAACGAAUGGAAAGGCCUCCAGGUUGAUGAUAACACGCCGUGCCCAAGAGCUGCUCAUGCUUGUGCUACAGUUGAUGAAACAACUGGAUAUCUUUUUGGAGGACGUCAUCAGACCGAUCGUCUUGAUGAUCUAUAUUCAUUAACAUUGGACUCAUUCCAAUGGACAGAGAUAGUUACUUUCAAUCAUAAACCAACAGGAAGAUCGUGGCUUACGUUAACUGCUGUUGACGAUGGUCAUUUGUUUUUAUACGGCGGCUUAACAACAAAUGGAAGAGUGUUAGGUGAUGGUUGGAUCUUCUCUGUGGAGGCCAAUGAAUGGGAUAAACUCAAAUAUUCUCAAUGUGGUGUUAAACGAUGGCAUACAGCUUGCGAAGGAAUUUAUCAGGGGCAGAUAUUAAUAUUUGGUGGAUGUAAAUCAAAACUAUAUGAAGAUGAGGAGCACCUGAAUGAAGUAGUUGCAUUCCAGCUAUCACCACUGCCUUUAGUCAGGCUUGCUAUGAACGUAGUGGCAACAUUCAAGGAAAAGACAUGCCACUGUUGGUUGGAUUUACCCAACGAGUUGAAAGCAGAUAUCAAGCAACUGACAGAUGGUGGAUGAUUGUAUCAACUGCGGCGAUACAAACUGAGUGAUAUUACUAUCAGGUAGAACCAUCUUGAAGUAUGGCAACCAUGUCUGUGAUCCACAUAUUACUGACAGGUUUUAUUCGGUGUACUGCUUGUGCACAAAAUAUCGAUAGUCCCAACAUUCUCUCAUUCAUAUACCACUGUCACUGUGUAUAUCAACAUAUGUUGUUAUUAAGAUCUUCAUGUGAGGUAGAGGAUGAGUGGGAAUACAGCAGAAGGCAAACUCUUUAGGACUUAUUCAUAAACAUACUAUAGAAAGGCCACAGUUUUGAAAAUACCUGUAAUUUAUUUUACAAUUUUAAUUUUCAGAAGUCUUUCGCUACAACCAUAAUUAUUUAUAGCACUAAUAUAGAUUCUACCAAGCAUGAGGUAUGGAAAAUCUCUUAGAACUAAUUUUUUACAACUAAAAAUUCUCAGUUUCAAUGCUUCCAACAACGAACUCGUGGCUAACGUAGAAUCUCUCAUGGUAUGCCAUUGACAUCAUUGAAUAAAGUCAGGUUGAUCAUUUCCUUGCUCCUGUGUUGCCUGUACCAGUGGUUUAUGGCUUACAACCUCUCUAAUUUCCAUCAAUCAUCACCAUUUAUUUGUAUUUCCAUUUAUUUGCCUGGUAGUUUAUUUGUGCAACGGUAACUCUCAGUUGGUCAUGAGAAACUAUUGUUUAUAAAAUAACGUGAUGCUAAUUGCAGCCAACUAUUAAUAAGCACUAUUUUGGGUGCCCUAGCUUGCCUCCUGGGUGUUGCACCAUCUCCAUCUUCGACCACGAACAGAGGUAGCUCUAAUCUGGUAUGUCGAUGUCGGUAUAUUCGACUCCUUAUUGAGUUACAAAAUGUCCAUACAGAAUAGAUAGAUUUAUUGAUUUUUCAACCAAAAUGAAAUAAAAAUACAAUAAAUUGA